AUGAAGGUCUCGUACCUCUCCAUUGGUCUGUUGGCUCUCCUGAGUCCGUUGACGGCAGCAUGGAGCAAAGAAGACCGUGAAAUCUUUCGCAUCCGCGAUGAAAUCACGGCUCACGAGUCCGACCCUUCGUCCACGUUCUACGACAUCCUCGGCGUUGGCCGGUCCGCGUCGCACGACGAAAUCACAAAGGCCUAUCGUCUGCGAUCCCGAUCCCUCCACCCGGACAAGGUGAAGCAGUCGAUGCUCAAGGACGCUAAGAACGCCGCCGCCGGUGCGGGUGACGACGCGGCCGCGGCCAAGAAGAAGAAGCCGUCGCAGGCCGCGAUCAACGCUGCGGUCAAGAAGGCCUCCGAGGCCCAGGCCCGCCUCUCGCUCAUCGCCAACAUCCUCCGCAGCCCGGAGCGCGACCGCUACGACUACUUCCUCGCUAACGGGUUUCCCCUCUGGAAGGGCACCGACUACUACUACAACCGGUACCGCCCGGGUCUGGGCACCGCCGUCGCCGGUGUCGUCCUCCUCUGCGGCGGCGCCAUCCACUACCUCGUCCUGUACAUGAGCUGGAGGCGCCAGUCCGAGUUCGUCGACCGCUACAUCAAGUUCGCCCGCGACUCUGCCUGGGGCAGCGGCAUGAUCCCCGGCAUCGCCGAGGAGCCCGAACCCACCACCCCCCCCGCCGCUGCUGAUGGCGACAAUGACAAUGAGAACACCCCCGCCCAGCCCAUGAACAGGAGGCAGAGGCGCAUGCAGGAGAAGGAGACUAAGCGCGACGACGGCCGCAAGAAGACGCGCAAGGCCGCCAAGCUCGCCCCUCCUGCCCCCGGCACCCAGGUCGCCCGCAAGAGGGUCGUCGCUGAGAACGGAAAGAUCCUCGUCGUCGACUCCCUGGGCAACGUCUACCUUGAGGACCAGGACGACGAGGGCAACACCAACGAAUUCCUGCUUGACGUGAGUUUCCACCUACACUGUUCUAAUCUCUCACUCCUCCCUACCUCCAUCGUAUCCAAAGACACCCAGACUGACCAAAGACCACACAAGACCAACGAGCUCCCUCGACCCACCCUUGCCGACACCGCCAUUGUCCGCGUCCCCAUGUGGGCCGUCCGCUCGACCUUUGGUCGUCUCUUCAGCUCCGGCGCCAGCUCUGAUACUGUCGAAGGCAUUGUCGUGGACGAGGCCGAGCAGGAGGCCGAGCAGCAGGAGGGAGGACAGCGUAGCCCUGGCUCUGACUCUGCCAGCUCCGACUUUGAGAUUCUCGAUAAGAGCACCGACUCGCUCAACAAGGCCAAGACGAGCGGUGCGCAGCAGGGUGGCAAGCCCAACAAGAGGAAGGGCAAGAAGAGGUAA